AUGUACGGACCAUAUCCGUACCCACCAGAGGUUGCUGAGAUGAUUCAGACUGGAGGUUAUCCGUUUGCCAUGAUGAACCGCGGCAUGCCACCACCACCACAAUGGAAUGGAUACCCGGUGAUACAUCCAUACGAAUUACACCAGAUGCUUCGACAGUUUCAACAAAUGGGAAUGGGCCAAUAUCAACAUGACAGCCCGCCACAACUCCGCAAAUUGUUCAUAGGAGGAUUGAGCCACGAAACGACAGAUGAGCAGCUCGGCAACUACUUCUCGCAAUGGGGACCAGUCGUCGACGCGAUCGUCAUUCGGGACCCAACCACCAAACAUUCGCGUGGAUUCGGAUUCGUCACAUUCGCCUCAAUCUUCAGCGCCGAAUCGGCAAUGAAUGACAGGCCACACAAGCUUGGAGGCAAGACGGUUGACUCGAAGAGAGCCAUCCCACGUGAACAAAUGUCUUCCAUGAUUCCACCACCAUUCUUUGAGACAGAUCCGGCACCUGGAUGCAAACUGCUACUCAGUGGAAUCACCAGUGGAAUCCACUCUGUUGACUCGUUACGCGUCUACUUUGAGACUUUUGGAACCCUCGAUCAGGUUGAGAUCCUUGGUCAACCACGCGGUCUUGGCUUUGUUAUCUACGAGGAUAAGGAGUCAGCAGACCGUUGUCUUUCUCAUAAUGCCGGUCGUCACAUCGUAAACGAGCGCAAGAUUGAGGUGCGCGUUUUCACCAAACUACCAAACGGAAGCACCUACUGGAAACGUCCACAAGCACAACACUCUCCCCGUGAACUUUACGAGCAACUUUCCAACCUCAACUUGAAGAACGGUGACAGAAAAAGUACCGGAAAUAGCAGUUCAGCUGCAGACACGCCACAGAACUUUGACGAGGAUAGCAACUACGGUGGAACUACCACUGAGGAUGACUGCAACGUGUUUGAUCAUGAGGAGGGAUCUUCAGAAGAGAGCUCCACAGAGCAAGCAGUUGUGGAUGAAAAUGCUGAGCAAUCGGAUUGA